AUUAGCAGGAGGCAAGCUGGCUGAUCCCAAUACUGGUCCCUGCUAUCUGGUGUAUGGUACACUGAGUGACCGGGCUGACUUCACAGAUCGGAAGCAGAGGACACGAAUAUACCGCAAGGACAGCUUGGCACAUCAGAGGUGCUUUCAUUCCACACAUUCAGUGCUGUACACAGAGAAAACUAUGGAAAGGUCCACUACCACUAUGAUGAUUAAUGAGGAGGCAAAAUAUAUUUUACGGUGCAGAAAAUGUAGAAAUUGUGUAUCAAAUUCAGAUUGUCUCAUCAUUGAUCCGGCAUGUAUACCAAACCAACACAGUUCUGGUUCAUCAGUGCAUCAUAGUAAUUGUCCUAUAUGGCAUAUGAAUGAAGAAGCAGUUCCAGACUGGAUUAAACAAGAAGUUGAAAAGCGUCACUGGACACAUGGUCGACUGAACUGUCCAUACUGUGGGGCACGUCUCGGGGCUUUUAAUUUUAUAGGCAGCACUAAAUACCCAUGUGGCCAGUUGAGCGUCGUACAUCUCAGCAAAAGCAGGAUUGAUUAUGAUAUAUCACAUUCACCAAAACCAUUUUUUGAGCUGCUACCAAUUUUAAAAGCUCCAACAAGUCUGGACAAAAAAAUAAAAAAUGGACUGAACAGGAGUGAAAAGCAUCUGACCAUGAACACAAACACGGAUUCAACUGGGAGUUUGGUAGAGGCACUGUGUCUAGAAAUUCGUUCACACAAUGGACAUUUUAUGCCCAGAAGAAAAAAACUGCCUCUCACAGACUUUUGUCUCGAGGCAUAUUCAGAUAAAAAGGACACAGGUGCUAGUCACCUCUGUUCAAAUGUUUUUGUAAAAAAAUCAAAUACUUCAGUUUGCCGUAACAAAGAGCCAUUAGAAACACAGCCAGCUCAAUAUCUGAGCAAGAGCAAAUCCGAGCUUUCAUUUGAAAACAGCAACAGCCAAAGUACAAAUGAGUCCUUCAGGAAAUUUACAGGUAAGCACAGAUUUGACAUUGAGAAAACACUUCGAAGACCUCCAGAAAGUGUGCCAACAGCUAGUGAUCUUCCGGUACCCAUGGACUCAAGGACACAAUAUAGCCAUACAGUUGAAGUAUCAGACUCGAUAGGAAACACUCCAUCCAUCUCAGCCACAAGAGACGAUUAUAUGCAGCAACAGCUGGUGCUGUCUUCAGAAGUCAUUCAAUCUGCACCUACCUGCACAUAUACUGUCACUCACCGAUUAAGUAAAAGAGAAAUAAACAAACUGAAAAGCAUUCGAAGAAAACAAAAGAAGCGAGAAAAAUGGCUGCAAGAACAGAAACAGACCAAUAGAGUCAGUCAAAGCACAGAUGAUGAUGGAAAUGAACACACAAAUGAUAAGGAAAGCUACAUUUGUGCUGUAUGCCUAGAUGUGUAUUUUAACCCUUAUAUGUGCUACCCUUGUCAUCACAUCUUUUGUGAACCAUGUUUAAGAACACUUGCAAGAGACAAUCCUGCUAGAACCUCAUGUCCACUCUGUAGAACAACAAUCGAGCGAGUCUAUUUCCAGUCAGACUUAGACAAAUCUGCCAUAACUUUCUUUCCGAGAGAUUAUUUAAAAAGGAAACAAAGUUUUCAAAGGGCAAGUUGUGCAAAAUGGCCUUUACCAUGCUGCAAUAGAAUAUUUCGAGUUUUUGGAGGUUUCAGCAGAAAUGCAAGCAUUGUUGGAAGAAGACAGUAUCCUCACGGUGCGCAAAUGCUAGGAUUUGAAGAUGAAACCCGAGGAUGGAGAUUUGAUAUGGAUAUGGUUAUCGUUUACAUUUACUCUGUCAAUUGGGUCAUUGGUUUGAUCAUAUUUUGCUUUCUCUUCUAUUUUCUGUUUCACUCAAGCUAAAAAAAACAUAGCGAAUAUGACAUUUUUUGAAAAUGGUAUUCAAAAGGAAUUACAUGCUAGCGUACAGCAUCUACUGAUGUAUUUAUUAUUUUUUAUUAUGCUACAGUAAAUUAUUACUUUGUUGGCACAACAAUGUGGGGGUCAACUGCUACAACUAUGGACAUGCGAGUGUUAAAAUAAAAGUGUUUGGUAAUAUAAUCAUGUCAAAAUAUACAUUGCUUGUAUCUGAAUCCUCUACAGAGGAAGUUAGGUCUCUGUUGGCAGCAUAAUUCUAAUUCUCACGAGUGCUUUAAAGAACCCAUUGUGUUUUUAUGUACAUGAUUUACAUGUAUAAUAUCACACAAAAGGGACACUUCAACAUAACCACUAAAGAUUGUCAGUGCUGCUGAGGGGUCGGUACAUGGGUGCUGUGGAUAAGCCUGUUUUUGCCAUAUUGUUUAUAAUCCUUUUGACUCCUCCUAGAAGCACCAGCCGUCAAAACAACUGCAUCAAGCUUAGUGUUUUGUUGCUAAGAGUGCCCUUUUAAGAUAAUUAUAAACCUAUGGGGUUAAUUCACUAAUCUGGGACUUAAGAAUUGACAAGGCAACUAAACAUUUUAGGGCUAUAUAGCCAUCCGAAAGAAAUUCUUCAAAAAUCUUUUUUUUUUUUUCCCCACUUACAGUUGUGCUCAAAAAUGUGUAUAGCCUUGGAGAAUUGGUAAUAUAUGUACCAUUUUUAAAGAAAACAUGAGUGAGCAGGCAAAACACUUUUCUCUUAGUUCUUAUGGGAUUCAUAUUCAACUGCAGGUUAAAACAGAAUGGCACAAUCAUAAAAAAUAAUGGCAACAAAGAAAAAAAUGAAAUGACCUCUGUUCAAAUGUCUGCAUACCCUUAGCUCUUAAUACUGUGUAUUGUCCCCUUUAGCAUCAAUGACAACGUGCAGUCUUUUGUAAUAGUUGUCUAUGAGGCCCCUAAUUUUUGCGGGUGGGUAGCUGCCCAUUCAUCUUGGCAAAAUGCCUCUAGGUUAUGCAAAAUUUGUGUUCGUCUAGCAUGAA